AUGCCUCCUCCGAAGGCAACCUCCUCGAUCAAUUUACUGCAACUCAUCUGGCACUUUACCGAGAGUAACUUUCCGACCUUUGUACUCCCCAACUCGGCCUUUGGUUUACUCGCAGCCCUGGCAGCGCCUCUGCUCACCGACUGUCUGGAACGCCCCUCCAUUUGGAUUCUUCUCUACCGCGGGCUCGCUGUGAUCCUCUUCAACUGGGCCAAUGUUUUCGUAUUCGACCUCGCUAAUCAGCGCCUCCCCGAGUCGAGAUUGGAGGACCGGCUGAACAAGCCGUGGCGACCCCUGCCGACUGGACGUAUCAGCUCUGAGACAACGCGUCGGUGGAUGCUGAUCACCAUCCCUCUCGUUUUAAGUGUCAGCGCCAUCCUCGGCGUGGCAACGGAGAGCGCCUUUAUCAUGAUCCUGACCUGGCUCUACAAUGAUCUGCGUGGUGGCGACGAAAUCAUCCGUGAUGGGAUCAUCGCCUGUGGAUAUGCCCUUUACCUGACCAGCUCACUGCGCAUUGCCUCCGGUCUGGACUCUCACAUCUCGGAACAUGGAUAUCGCUGGAUUGCGAUGAUGAGCGGAAUUAUCCUGACAACGAUGCAGGUGCAGGACCUGAAAGAUCAGAUUGGCGACCGGACUCGAGGACGCAAGACUCUUCCGCUUGUGCUGGGCGAUACGAUCUCACGUUGGACUAUCGCCGGUUUCACCUUGUUCUGGAGCAUCUCGUGUUCCUACUUUUGGAGGAUGUGUCUGUGGGGAUAUGCAUUGCCGAUGCUGACAGGCCUCGGUGUCGCAUUCCACGUGGUAAGCGGGUCUCACGAUGCGAGAGCUUGGCGAUGCUGGUGUGCGUGGCAGGUCGUGGUGUACGCGCUGCCCUGGUUCGUUUCGAUGCAGAAUAAAUGA